AUCAUUCACGACAACAACUCCAGAUCUGACGGCUACAAAUGCAACAACAAUAACAACGAGUACAUCAUCAACAACGACAACAACACGAGACCUGUCGGCUACAAGAGCAACAACAAUUACAUCAAGUAUAUCAGUAACUUAACCAAUAACGUCAACAGCACCAGAUUUUACGGCUACAAUUACAAGAGAUAUCACAACGACGACAUCAACAGAUCUGACGGCUACAGUUGCAACAACCAUAAUAACGCCAUUAGCAUCAACUCCGAUGGCUUCACAUGCAGCAACAACACCAAAUUAACCUCAGUAGCAACACCGGAUUCUACGACUGCAUCGACAACAGACAAAAUAUUUCCUGAAGUCAACAAAUUGCAAAACUGUGCAUAGUCACUUCAAUAUGGAGGAGAAUGCAGCGGUUGAUUCGGAAAAGUGUUCAUCAUCCUCGGAACAAAGUGAAGAUUCAACAGCGGACAACGAUGCAGAAACAUUGCAGAAAUCUAAACAAUUCAAAUGCAAAAUGUGCUGUGCUCACCUGUCAUCAAAACUGACACUUAAAAGGCAUAUGGUUAUACACAGCGGAGAAAAGCCGUUUUCUUGCGAUACUUGUGGAAAGUCUUUCAAAUUUAUUUCGGAAUUAAAUGUACAUAUGAAAAGACAUUCUGGUUUAAAACCUUUCGCUUGUGAUGUAUGUGAUUUAAGAUUCACCUUUAGAUUUAUGUUGAUGGCACACAAAAGAAAGCACACCGGUGAAAAAUUGUUCAAAUGUGCUGAGUGUGAGGAAUCGUUCGCUGAUAGAAGAUCCCUUCAAUCUCAUAUGAACAAGCAUAAUGGACUUAAGCCAUUCAAAUGUGAAGUAUGUGAUAAAGAGUUCACGAUCAAGACAUAUUUGACAAGACAUCAAAAGACACAUGAUACAAACAUCAAGAAGCCAUACAAAUGCACAGAAUGUCCUGCUAGCUUUACCCAAAACAGCCUUCUGCAAGCACACCUGAUUAGACAUAAACGUACUUGGCCAUAUGAAUGCGAAAUAUGUGGAAGGGGUUUUAUGUGCAAUUCUAGCUUAAUGUCGCACAUUGUGGACAGACAUGAAAGUAAUAACAAGUAUAUUUGUUCACAUUGUCAAUGCGCGUUUGAAUCAGAAAAGAGGUUAAACUGUCAUGUUGCACAGAAGCAUUCAAAUAAGGUAGAUUGUGGCAUUUGUGGCUUGAACUUCACAAAGCACAAAGCAUAUGAAAAACAUAUGCGAAUCCAUUCAAUAUAUAGGCCAUACAAGUGCGGAGAAUGCUUUAAAACAUAUAAAACUAGGCUUGCGUUGAACCAACAUAUUUCAACCCAUUCAGUUAUUAAGCCAUAUAAGUGCAGAGAUUGCAUUGCAGCAUUCAAAACGAGGCAUCAAUUGGAAAAACAUUCAAUAGUUCAUAGUGAAUUAAGGAACUACAAAUGUAAUAUCUGUUUUAAAUCAUAUAAAACCAAUGGCGCACUGCAAACUCACAUUCUGGUGCAUAACAGUGAACAAAAACAUAAAUGUUUAGAAUGUGGAGCUCGUUGUGAAACCAAAUCAGGAUUGCGUGAACAUAGAAAGCGACAUCUAAGAAAUGGAAUUUGGCGUUUUAAGUGUCGUGUGUGUGAUACAACAUGCGAUAGCCAUUUAGCGUUAAGAAAACAUACACGCAUACAUACUGGGGAGAGACCAUUCCAGUGCGAGUCAUGUGACCAGUCAUUCCGAACCAAUUGUCAAUUGAUCAGCCACCGCGCUGUGCACCUUGACCUCAAGCCGUACAAAUGUUUGAUAUGUGACGAGACUUUUGUGCGAAGAAAUGGACUUGUAGCGCAUAGAGGAGUUCAUUUAGUCAACAGACCAUAUAGAUGCGAUCUUUGUAAUUAUACUUUCUCUCGCAAGUCAGCUAUCAAUCCUCAUAUACAAAGUCACCUUUAUGGUGAUAAGAAAAGCAAAUGUUACACGCAAAAAAUGUAUUCGAUGAGGAUGAAAAUGGUCUAGUUGUCAACGUGUCUACCAUGGCAACGUGAAUUCUGAUUUCUUCCAAGGAAGUAUACACGAACUUCAGUUUAAAGCAGUCAGUUUUUGUCACACUCGAGCUUAAAUAGAAAUAUUGGAUGUAUGAAGUAUUUUAAGCAGUUAAACGUGUUUUAUUGACUAGUAUGUCUAUUAUUAAUAUAUAUAUUUAUCAUAAAGAAACGCUUAUAAAUUAUGUAUACUAUCAAUACUUGAUGUCAAAACAUUGUUUUAUAUGUAUGAAAUAUCCAUAUGCUAUGACAUGAUUU